AUGUCUACACUUGCAAUAUUGAAGAGAAUGAAUCAUCCAAAGUUGCAUUCUCUCUCCUUUUUCCUUUUCUCUUUCUUCAUUUGCUAUGCUUAUUCCAACAUCACUCCUAAAUGCUCUACCAUACAAAGUCAUGCUUUACAUCUCUUUAAACAAAAUCUUUUCUCCAAUAAUCACCUCUACGAUAAACACGAGGACGACGAUUACAGAUGUCAUGAUUGGCUUGGUUCUGAUUAUCAGCCAAUUAUGAUGAAUUGGAACACGAGUAUUGAUUGCUGCAAGUGGGAUGGUAUCACUUGUGACCGUUUCACUGGUGAUGUCAUAGCUCUUGACCUUAGCUGUGGAAUGUUACGAGGUACCAUCCACCCUAACUCCACCCUUUUCAACCUUCCUCGCCUCCAAAGACUCAACCUUGCUUUCAAUAAUCUUACCAAUUCCCAACUUCCACGAGAGAUUGGAAGGUUUUCUAAUAGUCUUACACAUCUCAACAUCUCUGAUUGUGGGUUUAUAGGCCAAGUUCCUACCGAUGUCAUACUUCUAGGUAAAUUGGUAUCUCUUGAUCUUUCUUGGAAUGAUUUGAAGCUUGAACAUCAUGUUUUCUACAAUCUCCUCCAGAAUUCUACUACUUUGGAAGAGCUUCUUCUUCAAAAAAUUAACAUCACUUCAUAUUUACCAGCUUAUCUUAAUAUCACUUCUCUGAAAUCUCUCAAACUUAAGUCCACCGGUUUGCAAGGGAAAUUACCUGAUAACAUCUUCAAUCUCCCGUACUUGGAAGAACUUAACCUGGCCUUCAAUGACCUUGGUACUGAUCGGUUUCCCAAGGUUAAUACAAGUAUGAACAGCCCUCUCAAGUGGUUAGAUCUCUCAUACACCAAUUUAUCAGGAGAAAUACCUGACUCAAUCAGCCAUCUCAAGUCUUUCAAUCACUUGGUUCUCUCACGCACCUACUUAUCAGGAAAAAUACCCAACUCAAUCGGCCAUCUCAAGUCUUUGAAUCACUUGGUUCUCUCGCACACCAACUUAUCAGGAGAGAUACCUGAAUCAAUCGGUCAUCUCAAGUCUUUGAAUCUCUUGGAUCUCUCGCACACCAACUUAUCAGGAAACAUACCCGACUCAAUUGGCCAUCUCAAGUCUUUGAAUCGCCUGAGUCUUUCACACACCAACUUAUCUGGAGAAAUACCCGACUCAAUAGGCCAUCUUGAGUCUUUGAAUCACUUGGACCUCUCAUAUAUCAACUUCUCAGAAGAAAUACCUGAAUCAAUUGGCCACCUCAAGUCUUUGAACACCUUGCUACUCAAUUCUUGUGGUUUGAUGGGUCCCUUUCCCAAAAUUUUCUUUAACCUUAGGAACCUUACUAUGCUAGAUUUGUCCUCUAACAUGCUUAAUGGAACAUUGCCUUCUUCGUUAUCUACCCUUCCUUUCCUAGAAGCUAUUUACCUCCAACGCAACAUAUUCAGUGGGAGCUUACCAGCAGAGUUGUUUGCCAUGCAAUCAUUAAAGAGAUUAUCACUUGGGCAUAAUCAAUUUGUUGGGGAGAUUGGCAUGCUUGAUCAAGGCUCCACUUUGCAAACAUUUCGACAACUUGUCAACCUUACUCGCCUUGACCUCUCAUUUAACAAUUUUACCGGUGUAUGGGAGUUGAAUACAUUGUUAUCAAGCCUCACAAGCAUUGAAGAACUUGAUCUUUCUUACAGCGGCUUAUCUGUUGUGACCAGUAAUGAUACUUAUUACGUUAACCCUAAUUUCUCCCUAUUAUAUUUGGCAUCCUGCAAGCUAAAAACGUUUCCAAAUUCCAUAGGAGCCAUGAAAAAUCUUGAACGUUUAGAUUUAUCUAACAAUGAAAUCAGUGGCCAAAUUCCUGAUUGGGCAAGGGUGAUAGGCGGAAAUGAGUUGGUGCAUUUGGAUCUCGCACGUAACUCAAUAACAGGCUUGCCACAAUUUCAGUGGAAUGGAUUAGAAUAUUUUGGUAUGCAGUCCAACUUGAUUCAGGGGACAUUCCCUACAUCAAUUUGCAACAUGAGAAAUUUAGAGUAUUUGGAUAUGUCAAAUAAUAGCUUCAGUGGAGUGAUUCCAGAAUGCUUGGGUAAAAUGAUCACCACUCUUAAGAUGAUACAUAUGGGGCACAAUCAUUUUCACGGUACCAUUCCAAAUGCGUACAAGGAUUGCGGACAACUAGGGGGGCUUAUUUUGAACGGAAACCAAUUAGAAGGAGAGGUGCCAAUUUGGUUGUCCAAAUGUCAAUCCUUAAAGGUGCUUGAUCUGGGAAACAACCACUUAAAUGGUACAUUCCUUCACUGGUCCUCACAUCUUUCACAUCUGCAGGUUCUUGUCCUCAAAUCAAACAAGUUCCAUGGUCCCAUAGAAAGCUCUUCUAUGAUUCAACACCCAUUUCCUAGUCUCAAAGUCCUUGACUUGUCUGAAAACAAGUUUGUAGGCCAUCUCCCUGGAAAAUAUUUUCAAACUUUUGAUGCCAUUAAGAAUGUGGCAAAGAAGGGCACAAAACCUGAAUAUUUGAGCCUUGGUGGUGGCAAGUUUUACUCGAUCGUUGUUGCGGUGAAAGGUGUGCAACUCUCAUUUCCCCAAUUUUUUGUUGACUACACAAUUGUUGAUCUAUCCAAUAACAUAUUUGAAGGGGAGAUUCCAAAUAUCAUUGGCAGUCUUAACUCUUUGAAAGUGCUCAACUUAUCCCACAACCACCUCAACGGUCGAAUCCCAAAUGCUCUAGGAAAUCUCUUGGAGAUCGAGUCAUUAGACCUGUCUUGGAACCGGCUAACAGGGCAGAUCCCUCAAAGUCUUGCAAACAUCACGGCUCUUGCAGUCUUAAAUCUCUCUCACAACCAACUUGUGGGUCGCAUUCCUGACGGAACACAGUUCAGGACAUUUGAAGCAACCUCGUUUGAAGGAAACCCGAGACUAUGUGGGUCUCCACUAUCCAAGCACUGUGAACAUCUGAGUGCCCCACAUCUUGAAGUUGACGAAGAUGAGGAGAGUGGGUUUACAUGGAAAGCGGCAAUGUUGGGAUAUGGAUGUGGAACCAUACUUGGAUUGGUGUUGGGAUAUCAGAUGUUGUCAACAGGAAGACCAAAAUGGUUCAAUGCAAUUGUUGAUGAAGUAGGGCAUAUGAUCCAGAUGAAGGCGAAACAAGAGAAGAUGCGUAUAGAUUGA